CUAAGCAUAGAACUCAGCUUUCAACAUUACUCUUUCAUUUCCUAGCUCUUAUCUGGGGUUAGGGCAUUAUUCCAAGUAGCGAGGUUUCCGUGAAUCAGCAGUGCCCCAGAAAGUGUUUCCCUUCCUGAGACUCCAGGGAAGGCUUGGAAUGCCAAGAACUUGAAGAGGGAGCCUGGCCAAUUAAAGACUUUGAGCCUUAGUAGGUUUCCUGGAGCAGAUUUUUAGCACAAACACUGAUUAAAGUCUUUGUGUUCUUAAAGCAGCAAUUUUCAUAUAGAACUAAGACCUUUCAAGAUUCAAAACAUAAACACCUUGAAACACUCAGAAGAGCAACAUGGGAGAAACUGAAAAAAGGAUUGAAACCCACAGAAUAAGAUGUCUUUCCAAGAUGAAGAUGUUUCUGAUGGCAAUAACAUGUGCAUAUGUAUCCAAAACGCUGUCUGGAGCUUAUAUGAAUUCCAUGCUCACACAGAUUGAGAGACAGUUCAACAUCCCAACAUCUCUUGUUGGAUUUAUUAAUGGGAGCUUUGAGAUUGGAAAUCUUCUGUUGAUUAUAUUUGUGAGUUAUUUUGGAACAAAACUGCAUAGACCUAUAGUGAUUGGAGUCGGAUGUGCGGUGAUGGGCUUAGGGUGUUUCUUAGAAGCGUUACCUCACUUUCUCAUGGACAGAUAUGAAUAUGAGUCUACAGUCUCAAUUUCAGGCAACUUGUCCUCAAACAGUUUCCUGUGUAUGGAAAAUGGAACCCAGAUUGUAGGACCAACGCAUGAUCCAUCAGAGUGUGUGAAGGAAGUACGCUCUUUCAUGUGGGUAUAUGUGCUAGUAGGAAAUAUUAUACGUGGAGUGGGUGAAACUCCCAUCAUGCCAUUGGGUAUUUCCUACAUAGAAGAUUUUGCCAAAUCUGAAAACUCUCCUUUAUACAUUGGAAUUAUAGAAACAGGAGCUGUUAUAGGUCCUUUGAUUGGACUUUUGUUAGCGUCAUUCUGUGCAAACGUUUAUGUGGACACUGGCUCUGUCAACACAGAUGAUCUGACCAUAACUCCCACUGAUACUCGCUGGGUUGGUGCUUGGUGGUUUGGCUUUUUGAUUUGUGCAGGAGUGAAUGUGCUCACUGCCAUUCCAUUUUUCUUUUUGCCCAAAACACUUCCAAAGGAAGGGCUAGAGGAUAAUCCUGACAUCAUUAAAAGUAGCAAAGAAGAGAAACAAACAGAAGAUGUCAAGAAGCAACAGCAUGGAAUCACUAAAGAUUUUGUACCCUUCAUGAAAAGUCUCUCCUGCAAUCCAGUUUACAUGCUUUUCAUAGUUUUAAGUGUUAUAGAGUUCAAUGCAUUUGUUAAUAUGUUCUUCUUCAUGCCGAAAUAUAUGGAGCAACAAUAUGGAAAAUCAACUUCAGAAGCCAUCUUUUUAAUUGGUAUUUAUAACUUACCUCCAAUAUGUUUUGGAUAUAUAGCUGGUGGUUUACUUAUGAAGAAAUUCAAGAUUACUGUCAAACAAGCUGCCCAUAUAGGAUUCUGGUUAACCUUAUCUGAGUAUUUAUUAUACUUUUUAUGUUUUCUCAUGACCUGUGAUAAUUCUUCAGUUGCUGGCUUAACUACCUCUUAUGAAGGAAUUCCAAAAGAUUUAUAUGUGGGAAAUAACAUCUUUGCUGACUGUAAUAAGGAUUGCAACUGCCCAGCUACAAUCUGGGACCCUGUGUGUGGAGACAAUGGCUUGUCAUACAUGUCAGCCUGCCUUGCUGGCUGUGAGUCAUCCAUCGGAACAGGAAUCAACAUGGUAUUUGAAAAUUGUAGCUGCAUUCGACCACCAGGAAAUUUCUCUGCGGUCCUUGGUCUGUGUAAGAAAGGACAUGAGUGUUCCAUGAUGCUCCAGUACUUUUUAAUCGUGUCAGCCAUUAGCAGUUUCAUUUAUUCCUUAGCUGCCAUACCUGGGUAUAUGGUCCUCCUGAGGUGUAUCAGUUCUGAAGAGAAGUCUCUUGGUGUGGGGCUGCAUGCAUUUUGCACAAGAAUAUUUGCUGGCAUUCCUGCACCAAUAUAUUUUGGAGCUUUGAUUGACUCCACAUGCUUACAGUGGGGAACCCUGAAAUGUGGUGAGCCGGGGGCAUGCCGAUUUUAUGAUUCCAUUUACUUCAGGUACAUUUACCUCGGAUUGCCAGCAGCUCUGCGGGGACUGAGCAUUUUUCCAGCUGUUUGGAUCCUGGUUCUUUUGAGGAACCGUCGGCUGCCUGGUGAAACUGCUCCUCCAGGAACUGAACUUGUAGAGACUAAGGAUACAGAGAAGCAAAAUGAGUUCAAAGAUGUCCACCAAAAUUCCAAGAUUUCAAAUGAUGAUGAAUUAAAAACUAAACUGUAAUGUACUAUUUGAUCAUCCCUCUCAGAUUUGGAGAAUGUACUGUACAACUUAGUUGUUUUAAAAAUCAAUAGAGGUACUACAGGUAACUUUUUCUUGUCUUUAAGAAUCUCAAAAAUGUUUUGUACUCGUGAUAAAAAUGUUUGCUGAUAGUAUUUCUGAAAUAACAAAAUCGCAUUUGAGAUUUUGCCAAGGGGAAAAUUUAUUGCAGCCUCCUAACCAGAAUUUUAGACCAGCUUCAUGUUAAUGUUAACACAGCAAUUCUCUCUUAACUCUCACAAAGUAAGGGUAUAUUUCCCAUAUCUCCUUUCAAAAUAGUUCUAAAAUUUACUCUAUAAAGUUUACUUAAAUCUUGAGUUUGUGCUUUGAUAUAGAGACACUCAGAAAUGGAAAUUUUCAUUCUGUUUAUAUGAACACUUAAAUAUUUUAUUCAAAUUUACCGCUUUUAACCGGUUAUCUUUUUCUAUGAGAACAUCUACAUUAUAUUAUUCUAUUUACGAAUUGUUCUUUGACUCUUUAUCUUCAUUCCCGACACACCUUUGAAAUGGAUGACUCAGUGAUGUGCCAUUUCUUGCUUUCAGCUGUCUCCCUAAUACUCAUAUCCUAUGAUUUGCUCAUUUUGUCCAGAGAAUCGACUAACCUAAUCAGGUAAUUAAAACUCUUGUAGCAAAGACUGUUGGAAUUAUUUUUUUUAAAAGCAGUUCAAAUCUAUCAGUGAUGUCAUUCUGAAAAGUAAAUGCUCAGUCUA